CCGACAUGUCGACACCGGACAGACAGGAACUCAUACGCAAUGCAGUUGCAUUUUUGGCGGACCCAAAAGCGCAAGCUUCACCUCUCGCGCAACGUAUACAAUUCUUGGAGGCCAAAGGCCUUGCAGGGCCGGAGAUUGAGGAAGCGUUGCGCCAAGCUGCUAUGAGUCAAGCUGCUCCGCGGCAGUCCAUGCAAUCAUAUCCGCCCACUCCCUAUGGUCCUGUAUAUGGUCCUAUGCCAUACACACCCGCACAAGCCCCGCCUCAGAUGUGGGACUGGCGAGAUUACUUCAUCACUGCCGUCGUAUCCGGCACCGUUGCCUAUGGCGCGGCUGCGCUAUUCAGGAAAUAUGUCUCACCUCAUCUAAAACCCCCGUCGGCAACUGCAUAUGAGGAAGACAAGGAUGCUAUGGCGGCUCAAUUCGACGCCGCCGAAGCUCUACUCAAAGAGAUCCAGGCUGAGACGGCGGCGGUCCGAGUGGCCGUAGAGGAACAGAACGAGAAGGUCACGAAGGUUACCGAGGAAGUUGCGAACGUGGUGAAGGACAUGCGGGAGAGCGAAGCCCAUACACGAAACGAAAUGCGGGAGAUCCGCGAGGAGGUGAACACUGUCCGCGAAAUGCUACCAAAGAUGAUUGAGAAGAACAAGGAGAGCCAGAAUCAGUCGUUAGCUGAGCUGCAGCAGGAGCUUAAGUCGCUCAAGGCCCUUCUCCUGAGCCGUGGGCCCGGUGUGUCUACAGGGCCUACAACCCCCGUGCUUCCUGGGAAGCCCUCGAUACCCGCAUGGCAGCUAGCCGGUGGCCCGACGGCUUCGAGCAUGUCCCAGCCGUCCACACCUGUACCCCUUCCGUCCAGCCCCGCGCCUCCGCCUCCAUCUUACCCCAACGGCAAAGGCAAGGAGGUCGCAACCUCGGAGUCCUCAGUGAUGUCAUGA